AAGUUAUAGCAAACCCAAUGAUAAACUCAUAAACGGAAGUGUCUUUAGCUGAAUCUGGAGGACUAGAAAGUCGAAAGCAUCUCCACAUUUUGUCCGAGAAUGGAGAUGUCCUCUUGGGACGAAUGGGUAGAGCUGGCACUUUCGAAACUAGAGUCUAUGAAAGUCUUGCGGUCUCUAAGACCCAUUCACUACUCUAGUUACCCCUUCGAAAUUAAACCCAAAAUUGACCAUGCCUUCAAGGUGUUCGACGAUAUUCGCCAAUGGGAUAGAGCUUCUGUUGAGAUAGAGAUUGCAGAGUCUACAUUUAACAGAUGGCUCCAAGAUGUUCCCAGUUCUGGUGAUGACCUUACAUGUGACAAUGCAGAUGUUGAAGGUGAAUCAGGGUCAUGCUCUAAGCAAUUGAGAAAGCUACUUCUAUUCUCUGGAAAUGAUUACUUGGGGCUAAGUACACAUCCAAUGGUUGCCAAGGCUGCCACAAAGGCAGUUCAAGAACAUGGGAUGGGACCAAGAGGUUCUGCUCUAAUCUGUGGUUACACAACUUAUCACAGAUUAUUGGAAUCAUGUUUGGCAGAAUCAAAGAAUAAAGAGGACUGCCUUCUGUGUCCCACAGGGUUUUCAGCCAAUAUGGCUUUCAUGACAGUAGUUGGAUAUGUCGGCUCUCUCUCAGAUAUAAACAAAACUCAUUUGAAGGAAGAGAAGCAAGAAAUUGUGCAGGUUUUUAUCUAUAGGCAUUGUGACAUGGCCCACCUUAAUGUAUUACUAUCGAAUUGCAUGAUGAAGAAAAAAGUUGUUGUGACUGACAGCUUGUUUAGUAUGGAUGGAGACUUUGCACCAAUGGUCCAGCUUUCCAAGCUUCGCAAGAAGCAUAAUUUUUUGUUGGUGGUUGAUGAUGCUCAUGGAACACUUGUUUGUGGGAAGAGUGGUGGGGGUGUACCGGAGGAGUUUGGGUGUUCAGAUGAUGUUGAUAUAUGCAUUGGCACUCUUAGUAAAGCUGUGGGUUGCCAUGGUGGUUUCAUUGCUUGCAGCAAAAAGUGGAAGCAGCUGAUACAAUCAAGGGGACGUGCUUUUAUAUUUUCAACUUCUACCCCUGUACCCAUGAUUGCUGCUGCACAUGCUGCUGUGGUGGUAGCAAAGAAGGAGACAUGGCGUAGAAAAGCAAUUUGGAAUCGGGUGCAAGACUUUCGUAGUCUUACUGGGAUUCCCAUCACAAGUCACAUCAUUUCUCUUAUAGUUGGGACUGAACACCAAGCUCUGCAAGCAAGCCGGCACAUGCUGAAAUGUGGAUUUCAUAUAACUGCAAUCAGGCCCCCGACUGUUCCACCUAACUUAUGCAGGCUGCGGAUCACUCUGAGUGCAGCACAUACUAGAAACGAUAUAAGAAAACUCACAUCUGCAUUAUCCCAAUGCAUAAGUUUAAGAGAGAGCGGAUAUUUCUACACAAAUGCCACACCCAAACUCUAGCAUGUGAUGGCUGCAUAUAAGAAAAUUGGAAAGCAAUAUAACAAUCUUGUGAGAAACCAUCACAAAUACUGUCAUGUUUUGCAUCCAAAUGGGUGUUUCCAACAUCUCACCAGCAAACUCAAACUCAUUUUGUGACAUGUACAUUUAUUGUUAUUUUUGCAUCAACUAUAGUGAUACUUGUUAGGGUGCAGAUGCAUUACGUUGGUGUUGCUUAUAUUUCAUAAUUUGUUGUCUUGGAUGCAAAUUAUAUUAGAUUGUUUUCGGUUGUACUAUGCAUAUGGGUAUGGGUAUGAUAGCAGGUUAAAAGAGUGAGUACACAUCCAUUUUGGAUCAAAAAAUUUGUGUGG